AUGCCGGAAGCAUAUGUCCGACGCGCGUGGCUUUGCCGCGCCACUCCGGCAAUGAUCGAGCGCCUCAUUACUUGCUUCCGUUCCAGCACCUACUUGCCACUGUCAUCGUCUGAGCUCACCGACGAGACGGCCAUGGGGAAAGACACAGUAUCAGAACUAUCCAGUAGCGAGUAUGCGUCUCGACGUAAGGAGCUCUUAAAGCUGGUGAAGCAGCUUCGGGCAAUUGGUGCUCAAGCGGAGCUUGAUCUACCGUGCAUUGCCGUCAUUGGCAACCAGAGUGCUGGCAAGUCCAGUGUUGUAGAAGCGAUAUCAGGAAUCAAGGUUCCCAGAGAUGCGGGAACAUGUACCCGCUGCCCCAUGGAAUGCCGCCUUUCUUCGUCCGACAUGCCAUGGAAAUGCCAGAUAUCUAUCCGGUGGGAGUUCGACGACAAGGGGAAACGCAGAGACGACGUACAAGAAGUGCCUUUUGGCGGGGCUAUCACGAACAAAGGAGAUGUUGAACUCGCUUUGCGUCGCGCGCAGGCUGCUGUGUUGAACCCCUCCGUGUCGCCGAGCAAGUUCCUGCUCAUGAGCGCGGAUCAUCUCAAGGCACCGGCAGGCACGCGCAAGACUCUGGACUUCUCUAGAAACGUUGUGUGCGUCGACCUCGUCGGCCCGGACCUGACGGACCUCUCGUUCAUCGACCUGCCAGGCACGUAUUCCCCAAAUGCUGAACCUGAGAUCGUGAAGCUCGUCGAAGACUUGGUUGUCUCUCACAUUCAAGGGAAUUGCCUGAUUCUUGUCGCACUUCCGAUGACUGACGAUAUUGAAAACCAAAAGGCCUUGCGGCUCGCUCAUCAGGUUGAUCCUAAAGGGCUUCGAACAAUUGGUGUUCUCACGAAGCCGGACAUGCUGACUUCGGGUGCGACAAAAGCCCGCGAUCUCUGGAUGGACGUCAUCGAAGGGCGAAGACAUCCCCUCCUCAACGGCUACUACUGCACCAGACAACCUGACGACGCCGAGCGAGCGAAGGAUAUCUCCGCCGCAGAAGCCAGGAAGGUCGAGGCAGAUUUCUUUGGGAACACUAUCCCCUGGUCGCGCGCUACGAACAAGAAUCGGUUCGGCACCGGGAACCUCGUUGCAACUUUGAGCAAGCUGCUCACAAAACUCAUAGACGAGCGGCUUCCGCACCUCCACAAACAAGCUAAGGAAGUCCUCCGCGACUGUAACGAGGAGCUCGAUUCGUUGCCUCAAGCUAUCGAAGCCGAACCUGCGACAUACGUCUUGGGCCUCAUCACUGCCUUCUCCACCAACGUUCAGGGCUUUGUCGCUGGGGGCCUCGACUCCGGCCGACUUGUACACGAGAACCGCGACUCGUUCCGGGAAUUCAAGUAUGCCGUCCGGCGGACGGCACCGAAUUUCAUUCCCUACCCCGAGGGAACAAUCAGUAGUGCGGUGUUUGAGAACUAUAUCGGUGACGGCGAGGAUGAGGGCCCGGCAGAAGGGCUUGUUAGUGCGCAGGCGCCCGUGUAUCUGACGGAUAUGCUACAGCACAUCGAAAAAUCUAUUACUCGAGAACUGCCGGAUGACGUCCCGUUUCCAUGCAAAGUCUCCCUCAUUAAAGCAUUCCAGACGACCUGGAGACCGUCGGCUAUGGUGUGCUUCGAACGCGUCCGAGCGUCCGUAAUUAACCUGCUCCAUGACAUGAUGAAGGACCAGUUCGACCGAUACGAUGCCCUGCACAUAGUCUUACGAGGAUACGUGGCCGAUCUCGUACAUAAGCAUCAAGUGUUAUGCUUGCAGAGGAUCGGCGAGAUGCUCGAGAUCGAGUCCGAGCCUUUUACGCAGAACGGGCAUUAUUACGACUCGUGCCGGGAUAAGUGGCUCGCAAAAUACAAGGACGCCCGCGCAGGAAAGCUGCCCGUCUCACAGGAACGACCGGCAAAAGUGCGCAAGUUAUCGCAGCAAACAGCCGGCGCGCCGCCAGCUGCGUCGGCGACGAGCUUUACUUUCCAGAGUCUGAACGGACAGCAGUCGACAUCCUCUGGCUUCCGUGGCACUCCUUCGCCAUUCAGUUCUAUCGCGACCUUAGCUGGAUCUACUUCAACUCCCUCCACGGCUACGCCGUUCGCCUUCAAGCCGGGCGCAUUCGGUGCUGGGCCAGCUCCUGCCAGUCCGCAGCAGUCUGCGACACAUCUAAAAACCUCGUCGACGAAGGAAAAAGCAAAAGCAAAUGGAAUGCGUGCUUCUCUCCAUGCGCCAACGUCCUCGGAGGACAGCAGCGGAAGCGAUGAUAGUACGGUAUCUUCUUCGUCUGCCGAGGAACCUCGCAUGACGACUGUCACGAAACCGGUGCUAUCCCAGCCGACGCUGAGCGAGGAAGACCAGGCGAAGGUCAACGCUGCGUUGGCCGCCUUGGCGGAUAUCGGAUACACCGGGAUCACACAGGAAGACCUGGGGAAGCUGAAUCCGCCCGACGAGUUCGCGAGGGAAAUCAAUGUCAUGGCGCAAGUGCGUGCCUACUUCCAGGUGUCAUAUAAGCGUGUCAUCGACAAUGUACCCCUCAUGAUCGAUCAUAAAUUCGUGCGUGCGAUCGCAAAGGAUCUUCAGUCAUCCUUGAUAUCUCAGCUUGGCCUGGGAACCGCCAAUGCAAGCACUCGGUGUGCCACAUAUCUCGCUGAGGAUCCGCAUGUCGUUGCUCGGCGGGAGGAGCUCAUCGCCCGGAAGAAGCGCCUGGAGGGUGUGACGAAGGAGCUGAGUAACUUUGGUCUCAAAUCUGCUUGAUCGGCCGUGGGUCUUGGUUAUCUAGUUGGUUCGUUAUGCUUCGUAGACUUCAGCAUCAGGUUUGGCUUAGGGUGUCAUACAUUGCUGUCUACGCUUGCAUUAAUCGAUGUUAUUUCAGGCAAGUAGUUGUAGCUACCGAGUUCGCCAGUUGGUAUCUCUCGGUUUACUCCUGGCCAGAAACUCGAUCGUUUUGGGUGUAUUCAGCCGAGUCUCGAGAUUCAAUGUUUG